AUGAAGCCGUCCGGUGGCGCGGAGCAGGACGCGAGCAACGCGUCCCGGUUCAACUUCGAACGAGCAAAGCGCCUGUUCCGGGUUGAACCGGGACGCGUUUAUGGUGAUGAUGAUGAUAAUAGUGAUACUAGUGAUACUGAAGAUAGUAGUAAGCGUAAGGACAGUGUUAGGAUGGGUGCACAUCACAGAGAUACGCCUGUGUACAAUCUUAGUAGUUACCCUCCUCCUCGGUAUUCCAGUUUUCCCCGGCCUGGUCCUCGCGGUUUACCCUCUCCCCCUACCCCUAUCCCUUCUCCUAAGAGUGGUGAGUGGCGCAGUCCAUAUCAUAGUCCCUCUUUCCCGCAUCUGGGUAUAUCCGGUAGUCAGCCUCGUCCCCCCCCUGCUCAGGCAUCUCCCCCCUACAUUGAUCCCGUGCCCCCUCGCGGAGGUCCCGUCUCCGCUCGAGUAUCUACACGUCCUCCACCUCUCAUUGAUCCCGUGGGCCCUAGCCGAGGUCCCGGAUCCACUGGAGUAUCUCCACGUCCAGUUACCACUACUGCAUCAUCAGGCGGCAGCAGCCAGUCGAGAGUUUCUGAUGACAUUGAUCCGACUACAUGGCUAGUGACAGAUGAAGUACCUGGUGGGCCGAUAGAUGGUAGCGUGAUUCCUAGCUUCCUUGGGCAUAUUGCUUAUCAUUUCUGGCAUGGAUACAAUAGACCCACAUUGAAGAUUUUUAAAGGCGAAAAGAUUCUGAAUAAGUUGAAGAUGUGGUAUAAAGAUAUGGAUGAUGAUGUCGAUGGAGAGUUGGUGACAGGUACGUCCGACACAGAUUUGUUGAGGGGACAUGCAGCAGGGAUACUUGGCAUGGAUAUGAAUGAUUACAAGUGGAGUCAUGGCGGUGUCUCUGAUUCGUUCAUCCUUGAGCGAUGCGAGAAAGCGGAUGCGAAUACCCAGGCCAGUGCUUUCUUGUGGGUAUUGUUGGCCUCGACGUUGUUCAUGAGCAAGAGUGGUGGGAGGCCCAGAGUACAUGACUGGAUACCACCAUCUUUUGCGGGGCCGACAUCUGUGUUAGAUCGUCUUCGUCAGGUUAGGGAGCGUCUCGACUGUUUCACCGAGUUAGAGGUUAAGUGGGAGCCAUUUGGACUUGGACAACAAGGAAUAGUUCCUAGGACUAUCUAUAGUGGGUGGAUAAUGUAUAGGAACAUACAGGAGCCAUACAUGCCGGACAGAUGUAUACGUCAGAUUGGCUACGUACAGAGCAUUCCUCGUUCGCCCAUGUCCCCUGAUGAUGCAUUCCGAGGACCCAGGACUACACACGGUGACAUCGUAGGAGAGUGUGAGGAUGGCUACCUUGAAUGGUACAGGCAGCAUUCACAUCCAUUUUUGUUGCCGACAACUGACCCAUCUGCAGUCUCUACACCAGCUAAGAGCAGUCAGGAUUAUUGGAUGAAUGAAUUGAGGAAGCUGACCAAGGACCUGAUUAGAAAGGUCAAAGUGUCCGAUCGCGACCUGGCCGACGAGUAUGAUGAGAAGCUGCAGGAUACGAUGAUCCGUUAUUAUAAGGCCCCAUGA